AUGACCCGGCAGCGCGCGCAGCCAACGAGGACGCAGGCUCGUGCCUCAGCCACAGCGAGGCGGUGCCCCUCCCAGCCAAUCACGGGGCCCGCUGGCCAUCCGCGCAAGACGCCCGUUCGGUAUGAUUCCAACCCGCCUGUGUCAGCGCCGGCAGCAGCCUGGGCGGGCGACGUCGCGUUUGCCCCCCGACACCUCCAGGGCCCUUCCCCGACAGCGACUGCAGCCGACGUCCAGCAUCGAAUCCCACGGAAAACCACCCUCGCCUGUGUUCCUUCGACCGCGACAACCCUUGCCACCAGCUCUCGUCGCCGCCGUCUGCCAUUUGCUGUUGCUGGCGCUCGCAAGCAGCCUGUUUCACUCCCCUGUCAACGUCAAAGCUCCACCCGCCUGCGGAGAAGACCUGCCCGGUAUCAGGUCGAUUACUCCGACCUCGCCCUCGACGACGCUUUCUUUUCCGGCCCUGACCCCCCGUCGCCCUCGUCUUCUGGAGGGCACUCAAUAUCUUCCGAAACGGAGUCGGACAAGGCGGAGGAUGAAAGGAGCGAACGAUCCAUGGGUGUAAUACGAAAGAAGACCGCCACGCGCGGCACCGAAGGCGGCACCAAGUACCAUUGCGACGUCUGCUCCGUCGAUAUCACCUCGACGGUCCGGAUAUCAUGCGCGCACCCUGCCUGCCAUGAGUACGAUCUCUGCGUGCCCUGCUUCGCCGCCGGCGAGAGCUCCAAGAACCAUGAUCCUCGGACGCAUCCCUACCACGUGAUCGAGCAGAACUCGGUACCCAUCUACACGGAGGACUGGGGCGCUGAUGAGGAGCUGCUCCUGCUGGAAGGGGCCGAGAUCUAUGGUCUGGGCUCGUGGGCGGACAUCGCAGACCAUAUCGGCGGCUACCGCACCAAGGAAGAGGUGCGAGAUCACUACAUCGAGACGUAUAUCAACAGCCCCAACUUUCCACUGCCGGCCCGCGCAGACCCAAAUGAUACAACCCUCCAGGACAGUAUCUCCAAGGAGGAGUUCCAGGCACGGAAGAAGCGACGGAUCGAGGAGCGCAAGGAAGCUGCCAAGUCGCAACCUCCAACGACCCCUAAGCAGAAACCAACCGCCAGUGUGCCCGCCUGUCAUGAGGUCCAGGGCUAUAUGCCUGGACGGCUGGAGUUCGAGACGGAGUUCUGCAAUGAUGCGGAAGAGGCCGUGCAGCACAUGUCCUUCGAACCCGGCACUAGCCUCAGUGGCGAGGGGGAGAAUGAUCCGGAGAUGGAGUUGAAGAUGACCGUGAUGGAGAUUUACAACAACAAGUUGACGCAGCGGACGGAGCGCAAGAAGAUCCUUUUCGAGCACAACCUGCUGGAUUAUCGGAAGAACACAGCCCAGGAGAAGAAGCGGACGAAGGAAGAGAGGGAGCUGCUGAAUAAAGCGAAACCGUUUGCGCGGAUGAUGAACCAUGAGGACUUUGAGGAAUUCUGCAAGGGCCUGGAAUACGAGCACAACCUGCGAUUGGCGAUCGCCCAGCUGCAGGAGUGGCGGCAGAUGGGCAUCACCGACCUCAAAGCCGGGGAGAAAUACGAGCAGGAGAAGCAGCAACGCCUGCAGCGGCAGCUCCCCCAAGGCUCGUUUGACCGGUUUGCCAGCACCCGCCCCAAGCAGUCCCAGCAGCCCGAGGCUCCCUCGGCGGCCAGCCAGCUGACUGCGCCCGAGUUGCCGCUGCGGCUGCAACGGGUCGCGAAGCCCGCCGCGGCCGAGCAGAACAACCCGCCCCCAACGACUUCGACCGGGCCCUCGCUGCCAAUGGUGACAGCACCACCGCUCAGCGGGGUGACCCCGUGGAAGCUCGAGAACGAAGGGGCUCCCGAUCUGCACCUGCUGACCAAGGAGGAGGUGGAGCUGUGCAAUGUGCUGCAUAUUCAGCCCAAGCCGUACCUGGUCAUCAAGGAGGCCCUGCUCAAGGAAGCCAUGAAGCAGGGAGGGAGCUUGAAGAAGAAAGACGCUCGAGCGAUUUGUAAGAUCGAUGCCGCAAAGACAAGUCGUAUUUUUGACUUCAUGGUGCAUAGUGGUUGGAUAACGAAGGGAUAA